AACAGUCAUGGCGACGAGGAAGCUUUGUGUGGCUGUAGUUGGCGAGGACGAUGUGUUGCUCAUUUAGGAGUCUUUUUGUAGUUUUCACCUCUUUAUAAUGUUGUAUACAUUCGCACUAGUAGAUGUUUUAGUAGUCUGAGCAUGGGAUACCUGGCUGAAUUUCCAGUCAUGGAUGCAAAGCGAGCAUUCUGCCAUGGCUCGACUGGCAAUCUAACGAAUCAGCACAUUAUUCAAGACCACAUGAUGUCCCAUUACAAAAAGAUAUACUCAGCAAAAGCUGUGGUGGACUGUUCAGUACCUAAAAGUAUGUGCCACAGCAUAAAAUACAUUGACCAAAAGCGGCGUGAGCAGAUGAAAAAAGACAUGUCUGAGAGGUCACAAUCAGUAAGGUCCCUUUCACAGAGGAGCCUCAGGAUGAAUACUAUGACACGUUGCUCAUCCAAAAAUACCAGACCGACUGUUCGAGGUGAAGAGAGUGCCCAUUUUGACCUGAGAGGCUCUGCCAUGUCUUCGCCUAGAUUCAACACUUCUUUCCAUUGUAAGCAAGUUGCGUAUGCUUCACAAAUGACUGCAAGCUCUCAGAACUGCCGAACCACAUCAGAAUAUAGUUACAGGAGCCCAAAUUCCCGGUGGCACCAGCUCACUCCUUCAUGUAUCACAUCUGAAAGUCAGAGGAAGUUUAAAAGCUUUCAGGAUCCUACUCAGAAAACCUACAGUGGUGAUGUUCUCCAUAAACACGCUCACUGCUUCACUCAAGAAAAGCCAUUCACCCCCAGAACACUGAAAUCAGAUUGCAAGUCCACCCUGUCUACCUAUCGGUAUUACACUCCUGCUAGUAGGAAAGGAACAGAUGAAAAGACCUCUUCUAAAUUUCAUCGACAAGACACUUACCAUGGAAGCACACGCAUCAAGCAAGGAUCUUCAGCAGAACAGGACUCAUCCCAGCCAUACAACCUUGAGCAUGAGUGGUCUGAUGAAGAGGCAAAUGAAUUUCAACAUUACAGCACAGCAAAUAAGUUCAGAGACAGUGAUAUUCUUUUUUCCUCCUCAAGAAUUUCUCCUGAAGGAAUGAGGUCCCCUAUAAUGAGAAAAGUAACAGCAGAGGAAGAAGAACUAAUGUACCUGGAGUUUAUUACUGAUGUAACCAAUGAGAUUUUAGCACGAGGGAUCUAUUCUGACAGGGUGCUAGAGCGUGUUUUUGAGCGUCAUGUUGAUAUGAAUAGACACCGAUUAGAUGAGGUCAAAAUGCGCCAUCUACUGGAUGUUCUGCAGAAUGAUUUGCAAAGUCCCACUGCUGCUCCUGUCAUGGCUGUUGAGAAGGACAGGGAUAGUUUCAUGUUGUCUAGACACAAGUAUUCAAGCCUGGGGCAAGAUCUGACAUUAACCAAUACAGAUGAUUCCUGUCUUCCUGCUUACACACCCUUUGAUAAGGACACUGAAGAACUCUGUGAAACUCCUUCAUUACAUUCCACACCAGUAAAUUGCAGUGUCUCGGAGAGGGCUGGACUAAUUAGACAAGGAGACAGUGUGGACUUGGAACUUGAUCACCAAGAGAAAAAUGCAGUAUCCCCAACCCCAAGUUUGGACUCCCAUCAAAUGAACAAAGUAGACAAACAUCAAAACCAUACAGAAAAUGAUGAGUUGAUGCAACAGCUUGAUGAACUUGGAAGAAACAUGGCUGAGUCCCUGAGUGUGUCUGAGACACAUGGCUCACAGGAGGGCGUUGAGCAAGACUCUACAGUAAAACUUAGUGAUGAUGAGUUUUGAACCAUCUGUUGGUAUUCAUUUGCCUUUCCAAAGGCACAGUGUCAUACUGAAGAUACACUGUUGAGUGUUUUAGAGUUUUUAUCAUGAUAUUGGAUUUUAGUUUAUUUAACAGGAAUUUAACUGGAACUGUUUUUCUGCAUAUUGUGAUUUGAUGUAAAAUGAUUCAUUUAAGAGAAACUUACCAAGUCAGAAUUGUUUCCAGCAGUGGUGAUAGGAACCAGACAUCUGAAGUAUUUAAUGCCUCUAAAAGGUACCUCACAGGAAGCUAACAUUAAAUAUGUUUAUAUAUGUUACAUAAUGUUUUAGACAUUGUUGAAUGAUUUUGAGAUAUGGUUUUGGCCUGAAACAGUGCAGGGUAUUAUAAGGCAAAAUAGUCUUUUCAUGUAAAUGUAUUUUUUGGGGUUUACCAUUACAGACAUUACAUAGUAAAACUAUGUAAAAAGUAAAAAGAAGAUGUGUAGGUCCACUGAUCAUUUUGGAUAAUUAAUACAUAGUUGUAUUUUAGUGAUAGUUGUAUUUGCCUUGUAAAUAUUGUGACACCCUGGUUCCUGGAGUCUGUACGUUUCUCUACAAUGAUCCAUUUCCCGUCAAGCCACUCUGAAUGACUUUGUUCACAUCAUCUUCAGAGAAAUAAGUGGAAUUUCCGUUUAUGUGUUAAAUUCAAGGUACUGUUGCAAAAUAACUCCCUACUACAUUGGUUAAAAACUCUGGUGCAAUGCCAGUACUGCUAAAUAAGCACCACAAAGGGAAGAGGUUUCUUUUGCAAGAGUCUUGUUUACUACAGAUUAUUACAUUUACUCCACAGCUGCUUGACAUAUACAGUAAUUUAUUUCCAUUAAACAUUUCAGCAAUAUAUUUUUUUUGGACAGUAACAAUUUUUUUGGGGGGUUCUCUUCUUUAACAUGCUGGAUUUUAAAUGCGACAUAUGCAUCUGGAGUCUCUCUCAGAAGGCCAAAUAAGUAUUAAUUCCAGGAAAGCAGGACAUCACAAGGCUGACAACUCAGAAUAAAGUGAUGACAGAGCUUAAAUCUUCGAUGUAGUGUGAAAAUCAGCUGUUUAGUAGUGGCUGUCCAGAAAGUGACCUAGAAGACCACAGUACUGAAUGAUCAAGGAAUGUGUUCAGUUAUGAAGAAAACCCGUUAAACACUGUAAAACAUUGUUUUAAAAAAUGGGUGAAGGGUGAUUUUGUUUUUUAAGACUACGUUUACUUCAAUUAAAUGUUAAAUUUGUCUCAACCCAUAUGGAAAAAUUUAUAUGGACAUGUGUUUUUAUCAAUAUAAAAUGCAUUUUAAAGA